GGGAAGAAGUAUCGAUGAUGUUAUCAGUUGAUUUCAUAUUAACCAGACAUGAAAUUCCUAGUAAUUUUCGUAGCUGUACUCGCUGUCGGUACUGUCAGCGCUAACCCACUCCUCGGUAACGUAUUGGGUAGCCUUCUCAACCCUGUCACUAAUGUGGUCGGCGAUCUUGGAAACACCGUUGGAACUGUAGUGAAGAGCGUUACUGGCCUUUUAAACAGCGUUUCAUGCGCCCUUAACAAACUUCUUCAAUCAUUAGACUGUGUUGUUGGACAAUUAGUUGACAACCUAGAAGGAACAGUAAACGAUAUUCUCAAUCAAGUAACCGACGUUCUUGGCGAUCUUUUCUCCGGUGUCCAAGAUAUUCUUGAAGGUCUUAUCGGAACGCUUGGAGCCGAUCCUUGCAGUGCCGUUGGACAAGCUGUCGGAUCAGUGGAAUUCCUUUUGGCUGAACUCCUUCAAACCGUAAAUUUCAUUAUUGCAUCAAAUACAGCAGAUCUUUUGGGCCAAAUUGACAUCAUCCUCGGUAAUAUUGCAGCUGCAGUACAAAGUCUUCUUCAAACAGUUGUUGAUGUCGUCAAUGAUCUUGCUGCCCAAGCAGACAAACUUAUUCGAGAAGCACUCUGUGCUCUUCAAAUUGUCCUUCAAACCGUUGUCCAAGCUGUCAAUAACGUUUUGGUCCAAGUUAAUGUAGUUCUCAGCAAUGUCGGCCUUGAUCUAUCCAACGUCAUCACAGGUGUACAAAUUGCACUAAAUAACGUCCUCGUGUCACUUAAUGCCCUCGUUGCUUCCAUUGCUAGAAACGUAAAUAUUUUGCUUCAAACUGUCAGCAAGGCUCUUCAAAAAAUCAUCGACCAACUUGAUGGUGCUGUUGACAAAAUUCUAGCACAAGUCCAAAAUAUUGUUGGAAAUCUCGCCGGAAAUCUCAUCGGUGCUGUAAACAAUCUUGCUGGAAACCUGGUCCCUCUAGAUCUGUCUGGUGUCGAUGCCUUAUUACAAGGAAUCCUUGGAGAUCUCUUCGGUCAACUGAAUAACAUCUUCGAUGCCAUCAAGAAUGCUCUUGACAUCAUUGGACAAACUGCAAAUGGAAUUGUUGCAUCUGUUGAUGAAGCCCUUAACACUGUGCUUGACGCUGUUAAAGCCCUUAUCGCAGCCAUUGUUAGCACCACCGAGAAUGCUCUUAGUAACGCCGCUGCCCCAGGUGGUCUUAUUGAUUUACUCAACUGCGCAGUUACUCAACUUGUUGCUGCCGUUGAAGAUUUGAUCAAUAAAGUCUUAGGUGCUGUUGGAUUCAUCGUAUCACCAGAAUUAGCUCUAGUGUUGAAAAACGCUCUCGCCGCUGUCCUUGCCCUUGUUGACAACGUUGUCGGUGCCCUCCAAUCCCUAUUGAACCAACUUUUAUCCGCUGACGUAGGUCUCGAUCUAAACGCACUUUUGUGUGGAGUACUCGGAGAUCUUCAGGAUACUCUAACUAAUGUUACCGGAGCCGUAAACACAGUACUCGACAACUUAGCCGUAGCAGUUAAUGGCCUUCUCGGAAGUGUUGUUGCAGCCGCAAGUGGACUUUUGAAUGGUCUAGUUGACUCACUACCAGGAGUACUUGGUUCGCUAACCGGAACUCUUUCUAGCGUGUCUGGACAGAUCGGUUGCCUCGCUGGAUCUCUCAACGGUUUAACCGGUAACAUUUCUGCACUCGUUGCUGGACUUGGAGAUGUUGCAGAUGCAGUUUUAGGAGCCCUUGAUCUUCUUCUUGAAAAUGUUAACCAAAUCGUGGAGAAGCUUGCCGCUGCACUUUUAGGUUUGACCGGAAGUGGUUCAUGCUCAUGCCCAUAAUAUAUUCGAAAAGAGAAAUGUAACAUGUCCAUUCGAUGAAGAUAUUCAAAAGUAGUUAUGAUUCAAUGUAAUUUGUAAAAAAUAAAUUUAAUUCUGCAAAUUUAAA